ACCCGAGUGGCCACAAUACCCUCCUUUGGUCACACUAAGAGGACGUCAAGCUAAACCUAGCAUGUUGCGGCUGACUCUCACAAGGCGCGGUGGACGCAUUGGACGAGUCCUUCGGCCGCAUCGUUGAGGCCCUGCACAGACGUUGCAUGCUCGGCAACAGCUUCAUCGUGUUCACCAGUGACAACGGGGGCAUGCCGUUAGAAACGUUCUCGAACACUGGCUCCAACUGGCCGCUGCGGGUUGUCAAGGGCACGCGGUGGGAAAGCGGAAUCCGUGUGCCGGCGCUUGUGUGGAGCCCGCUGCUCGAGCGUGGUUCCCAGGUGGUCAUGCCCCGACCCGUGCACUUGGUCGACUGGCUGCCCACUCUGUACACAGGUGGCCGCAUCAGUCACCUAUAGGCGCCAUCGACGGCCUCGACCUGGGCCAGCCCUGGCUAAUGCGAAAUCCGAAAGUGCCACGAUGAGGCCUCGCAAUG